AUGAAAGACCUCGGGGCUCUCAGAGAUUUUCUCGGUGUUGAAGUCGCUUGCAGUUUCGAGGGGGACUAUCUUGAUGAUCCGGAGAAGUAUCGUUGCCUUGUUGCCCGACUCAUCUACUUGUCAUUCACUCGUCCUGAUCUUGCCUAUGCUGUUCAUAUUCUUUCACAAUUCAUGCAUGCUCCUCGUGUUGAUCAUUGGGACGCUGCUCUUCGUAUUGUCCGGUAUCUCAAAGGUAACCCCGGACAAGGUAUUCUUCUCCUUGCUUCUUUUAAUCUUUCCUUGUCUGGAUGGUGUGAUUCAGACUGGGCCAGUUGUCCCUUAACUUGUCGCUCUCUUACUGGUUGGAUCGUAUUUCUUGGUUCUUCCCCUAUCUCUUGGAAACCCAAGAAACAACAUAUUGUUUCCCGCUCCUCCGUCGAAGUUGAAUACCGCUCUAUGGCUGCCGCAACCUUAUAG